AUGGUUCGCACCAAGAUGUCAAGUAAACCCCCUCCUUACUGGAAGAACGAGUCCCCAGCUGCGAAGAAGCGUCAGCAGAGGAAGAAGGGUCGACAGUCGAAGGUCGUCGAGGAAGAGGUCGAGCAAGAGGACGAGAGCUGGCUCAUCCUCCCUGAGCCGGUGGCAUACCAAGCGGACUCGGACGCUGUCAUGCAAACAGAACUCAUCAUUCCCGCUCUUGAGCCUGACACCCCAUUGCACGCGGCUAUGGAGAAGAUCCCUGUUGGCGAAAUCAAGGUGGUCGCCCAGGCGGAAUUCUUCGUAGUAUCAACUUGGAAGGCUGGUGCUAUCGAUGAAAUCCACGACGCAGCCGAAGUCGUCCUGGACCACUUGGCAGUUACAAUCAUGGGCGAUCUCCCCGUUGGCCAGCAGUAUGAGUUCUUGAUGAAGCAAUUCAAAUUCAUGGCCGCCAUGAUUGAUGCUUUAUUGGGUCCUAAGAAACCUGUUGCCGAGAAGCCUGCCCCCGCGAAGCCAGCUGCGAAGCGUGUGCGAGAACUCCGAGAGCCGCGAGAGGGUGCUCGCAGGAGUAAGCGCAUUCGCCUCGCAACAGCCACCGAGGAUGCUGAGAUUACCGCCAGACUGUCACCCCUAUGCCAGCCCUGA